AAGUAUUACCAUAACUAUAAGUAGUGUCUAUAGGCGUAUUAUGUCAACUCGUGACUCAACUUACAGUUACGUCCAUCUCGAUAACCCCAAUCGGGUAAUCUAUAUGGAAAGAUGGCGAGAUGAUCAUAUUCCAUUUGAUAUGAUUGAUACUCAACCAUUAUUAGAUGCUACAUCUUCAUUAUUACCAUUUGAAGAUGAAGAAGAUGAUGGAUCAGUGUCGCUUCAACCUGCCAGUUUUGGAGCGAAUUUAUAUAAGAAUCGAACUACUAAAGAUCGAACAUGGAUGGAUCUUGGAAUUACUGAAAAAAUCGCCGAUGAGUCCGGUACUCUUACCGAUAAGACCAUGUUAGGAGUAUUACAUACAAAUGAUACGACUACAAAUUCUCAUUUAACUUUAGCAGAAUUCUUAAGUAAUGGUUAUCAAUCGAAAGCCGCACCUCCCUUUAUGGUAAUGAAUUCCGAUUUAGCUAAUGAUACUUCAUUUAGUGUACAUCAAGGAGGGGAUUUCUUUCCUAAUUCUACUUCAUCAGAAUUCCCCAUAAAUAAUCAUACAUUUCUUAAUACUCGAACUGGUUCAGUAGGUAGUACAGUUCAAACCCCUCGAGUGGGGAAAACCAGACAAGUAUCUACUGAUCGAAAUUUCCAAACUCCCAUAACGAGAAUUAUGAGAUAGACACAAAAGGACAGAAAUGAAAUGUUAAUAAUAUUAAAAAAGUAUAAAGUUAGUA